AUGCCUCUCGCAAAGCCCACGAACGCUUCCAGCCCCGUCCUCUCACACUUCUCCCUUUCCGGCAAAUUCGCAGCAGUAACAGGCGGCGCAAGAGGAAUAGGACUCGAAGUCGUCCGCGGACUCGCAGAAGCAGGCGCCACAGUUGCCCUUAUCUACACAGCCAGCAAAGAUGCCGAAGAAACCGCAAAAUCAAUCUCCCAAGCAACAAACCAGAAAAUCAUACCCUACAAAUCCGACGUCCGAUCCAAAGAAACCAUCACCAAAACAAUAAACCAAAUUGCAUCCGAUUUCGGCCGCUUGGAUAUCGUUGUCGCAAACGCAGGAAUUGCAAGUCAUUUCGACAGUUUAGAGUAUUCUGAAGAUCAAUGGCGAGAUAUCAUGCAAGUGAACCUCGAUGGGGCGAUGUAUACUGCUCAAGCAGCCGGGAAGAUUUUUAAGAAGCAGAAAGAAGAGGAUGAUGGAGGGAGAGGUGAUGGGAGUUUCAUUUUUACGGCGAGUGUUAGUGCUUUGUUGGUGAAUGUUCCGCAGAAACAGGCGGCGUAUAAUGCUUCCAAGGCGGCGGUUGUGCAUUUGGCUAAGUGUUUGGCUGUGGAGUGGAUGGAGUUUGGGAGAGUGAAUUGUAUUUCGCCGGGGUUUAUUGAAACGGAAAUGAUUGCUAGUCAUCCUAAGGAAUGGCGGGAUAAGUGGUCGCAGUUGGUCCCAGCUGGACGUAAUGCUGAUCCAGCUGAGCUGAAAGGAGCGUACGUUUUCCUUGCCUCAGAUGCCUCAUCUUAUAUGUCGGGAGCCAACAUUGUUAUUGAUGGUGGAUACACUCUGCCUUAG